AUGAAAAAGACUCACGUUCUAAAUACCAUCAGAACGGUGGAUAUUAAAACCAUUCGGAAGGAAGGCAUCCAGAAUUUGCAGGAUGAUAUCAAAUCCACUCAUCUUUCUAAGGAAAGUAUCAAAACCUCGUUAAUAGCCAACCUUGUAAAUAAAGAGAAUUGGGAUCUGACCAAGGCAAUGAACUUCUUGGACCUAUCCAUGGCUUGACUAAAGUGUACCCCCUACCAGCCAAGUAAUUUUGAGAAGGUCCUAAAAUUUCCAAGUAAAGAAUCUGAAGCUGAGCUACUCCAUUACCUCUGCAUGGCACAAGAAAGCAUCAAAGUGUGAAUGUACACAUUCACUAAAAGAGAGCUCAUGGACUGCUUAAUAGAAGCAAAGAAAAGAGGUAUCAGAGUUCAGGUCAUUAUGGAUAAAGAGUCUCUUAGCACGCUCUAUAUCCAUGAAUUAUGAGCAUUAGGUAUUGAAUGAACCCAUCACAAUCUCUCAAACUCUGCUAAAAUGCAUCACAAGUUCGCUAUCGUGGAUGAUUUCAUCCUAAUUAACGGCUCUCUCAACUGGACUGCCAAAGGGGUCAAGCAGAACCAUGAAAAUGUGAUGGUCUCAAGCAGUAAGGUCUUCAUAAAAGAAUUCACUCAGGAAUUUGACUUACUAUGGGGAAAGUACUUCCACAACAUCCUAUCCCAGGAAGAUUCAGCUAGAAAAGUCCAUAAGGAAAUGGAAUUCAAGGAGAAAAAGCGAAUUGAGAAAGAAAAAGAGAAGCGAUAUAAUAUGUACACCAAGCAAGUCAGCAAGCUCCUAGAAACUUUCAAAGCAGCCAAGAAGCAGUCUUACCUAGAUGGCACUGCAACCAUUGAAGACCAGAAGAUCUCGAUCGAAAUCGAGAAGAACUUUAGGAAACUCUUUAGAAUCGCGAAUCCCAAAUAGCAAAACUUUUAAAUUCCCAAUAAGAGAAAUUUUAGCCAAAGAUUCAGCCAUCGGCAGAAGCAUGCAGAAAGAUCCUUCUGAAUAUUUGCCCAGGUAAUUUCUAUAUAAGAAACAUACUUA